AUGACCAUCCCAGGCUUUAAUCCCAUCACCCUCAAAAUCCCCGCCAAGCUAAACCUCUACCUCCACGCCGGCGCACUCCGCAAAGAUGGAUACCACGAUGUCACCAUGGUAUAUCAAGCUAUCUCUCUCUAUGACACCAUGACCAUAAGUUCCUCUAUAGAGCCCCACACAGACUUCACAAUGGCAGUUACAGGAAUCGAUAGCGAUCGCAUUCCCGUUGAUGCGCGCAAUCUCGUAAUCAAAGCCGCGAAACGCCUCGCCGGUCACAUCGGCAUCACAAACGCCACCCUGCACUUCGACCUAGUCAAGUCCAUCCCUACUGAGGCCGGACUGGGCGGAGGAAGUGCUGAUGCUGCAGCUGCCUUGAUCGGAUGUAAUUAUCUUUGGAAUACAGGGCUGAAUGAGACGCAGUUAAUGGAGAUCGGGGCUCAAAUCGGAGAAGACGUCCCGUUUUUCAUUCGGGGCUUGGUCGGGAUAGGUACGGGCUAUCGUCGUCCUGUGGUUCCUGUGGAUGUUGAUCCCAAAUCUAUGAGGACGUGGUACUGGGUGCUUGGUAUCAUGCCACGGGGGCUAUCGACGAAGCUGGUCUUCGAGAAGUCAGAUGAAUUCAUUGAUAGGAGGGUCCGACGUGGGGAAGUAAUAUCUAGCCAGAGCGAGCAACUUGCGAAAUGUUUAAAGGUCGACUGGGGCAAUACACCGUUUCAACUUCUGGUACCUGAGUUAGCGAAUAAUCUCCAGGAGGUGGCUGAAGAAUUAGACCCUGAUAUUGAGGUGGCUUUACAGGCAGGGAGGGAAGCUGGUGUGAUCGUUAGCUUGAUGGCGGGGACAGGAACAACGUGCUUGUUUCUGGCAAUGGAUGAGGGACACGCGGAGGCUUUGGUUGGUGCUUUGACUGAGAGGGGAAUAUUCAGAAGGGUUGUUAGGGCUGUUGGGCCGGUGGAAGGUGUUCGGAUUAUAAGAUAA